GUAUUAUUAGUUUGUACCUGUAGUCAGUAGGACCUCUCACACUCCUCACCUGCUGCCACAGUCAAACACCUGCCACGCGAGGUAAACUGACACGUUUUCUAACUUAAUCCAUCAGUGUUGAGUUUUAAGUGCAUCAAGAUCCCAGCUAAUUCCUCCAACGAUGAGAAUUAACUAAAGUUGGCCGGGCCCCCUAACAUAAGCUAUAGGUGCAGGUCGAUCGCAUAACAGGUUUUCCAAGCAUGGCAAACAACCAUCAAUGGGAGGCAGUGAAUAGAGUUUUGCGGGGACUGCAGCUCCCAGAAGGUCCCACGGCUGAUUUGUGGCGGUCCUUUGUUGUGGAACUGUACAACAAGGUGGAACAGUGGGAGGAGGUUGAGAGGCGGAGGUACCGACACUCCCAGUGGGACUUCGGGGUGAUACAUACAAAGCACCCGGGCGACCUGGAGAUAGUGGACAGCUUCAGGCGCCUGGUGGAGCACACCCUAGGAAUUACAGGGAGGUCAUUAGCAGACGUAGAGCUCGGGGACAACACGCUGGCGGAGGCGUCCAGGAUGGUAGAGAACAGCAACAAAGUCUUCAUCUUGGCCAGCAAACACCUCAAUAGACCCGGAGUGCACAAGUUCAUCUUUCAGGAUGCGCUGAUGACCGAGGUGUUACAGGACAGGUGGCGGAGUAAAAUCAUUCCCCUCAAAGUGCCAGGAGAACCCCGAGCUGUCAUCUUUGGUCUGAACAACAUUGAAGGCUUGACUCUCGGUAACGACCCGAGGACACUACAGCUGGUGAGCAACGCCAUCAGUUUAGAAGAACAAAUGGAGGUGAGAAGAGAGAGACAGAGAGACGAGGAGAGACACAGGAACAGAAUCCUUCGCCAGAGGACAGAACGCCUUCAGCAGAUCCGGGAGGUGGUGGAAGGUCUCCGGCAGGAGUUUGGCGACGACUACGACCCCACGGAGCAACUACAACAGAUGACUUCUCAGCUGAGGCUGGUGGCGGAGGACUACAUGGAUGGUGGAGUGGACCAGGUGAUCAACAUGUCUGGGUGUAGCAACGUGACGGUCGGCCCCUCCUACCACUUCGCCGUCAGCAGGGCCACCCCCUCUGCCCUAACCCCACACCACACUGACCACCUCCCCUACACCCCGUAACCCCUCAUACCUAACUUGCUUCACUAAACCACAAAAAAAUUGUAUACAGUAUUCAUGUUGUCAAGCCUCCAGGUGAUAACUUGGACAAGUCCGUAACGUUGAGGUCAAUAAAUGGCCAACACAA